AAUGUUAUUUGAGCCCCUUCCUCUCAAUUUGUUUUAUUAUAUUUCUUUUCAGGAUGCAUUCCUGGUAAAAAAGGUGACAUGUGUAAUACCAACUGUUCUUCGCAUUGUGUGACAUGUAAACAGACAUCUGACCAAUGUUUUGAAUGCGUAAACGGAAAACACGGAGACGUGUGUGACCUCGAUUGUUCUGACAACUGUGAAGACAAAUCAUGCAUGAAGGACAAUGGAUAUUGCCUAGAAUGCGUAAACGGAAAACACGGAGACGUGUGUGACCUCAAUUGUUCUGACCACUGUAAAGACAAAUCAUGCAUGAAGGACAAUGGAUAUUGCUUAGAAUGUGUUCCCGGAAAACAUGGCAAUGUGUGUGCAAGUGAUUGCACUGACAACUGUAAAAACAAAACAUGCAUGAAGAACAACGGACAUUGUACAGGAUGCAUUACUGGUAAAGCAGGCGCACUAUGCGAUACCAACUGUUCUUCGUAUUGUGAGACAUGUGACCAGACGUCCGAACAAUGUUUUGAAUGUGUUAAUGGAAAGUACGGUGACGUGUGUGACCAAGGUUGUCCUAACGAUUGUAAAGACCAAUCAUGCAUGAAAGACAAUGGAUAUUGUUCAGAUUGUCCGGUGGGAAAAUAUGGAUUGUUGUGUAACAACAGUUGUUCUGAAACCUGCCUGAAUAAUAUUUGCAAUGCCAGAAGUGGAACUUGUGAAGUUAAAGAAACAACGUCACUGGAACCACAACCUGGUAAUACUGGGGUUAUCGUAGGUGUUGUUGUGGCUGGACUACUUCUCGUAAUAACAAUCACAAUCACUCUUUUUCUUAUCAGAAGGCGCAAACAAAAUUCAGCUAAGCAAGACUCAUUUGAUGAUAUCAGCAGAAAAAAUGUGUCGCGAACAUCACAUUACAACGAUGGUUAUGAGCCAGAGGAUUACUCAACAGAACCUGUGACGGAACAAGGAAACGUUUACGAAGUUCUUGAUGUAGCAGAAACAGAAUCCCUGACAGGUCAAAGGAACGUUUACACCAAUGCUAGUAAUGUAGAAAUAGUGGGAAACGACAUAGAAACAUUGACAAACAACGUGUACGUCAAUGCUAAUGAUGUAGAUAAAGACAGUUCCAGAAAAGUAUGCAAAGAGGCCGGUCCUGCUAGUACAUGUAUAGCUAUUUCGGAUCUCAAAGCUUUGGUGAAAACCAAGAGGAUUAAUAACGCAAAAGCCUUUGAGGACGAAUACCAGGAACUACCUUCAAAAGCUAUACACGAACAUAACAUUGGGAAAUUAGAUGAACAUAGGCUGAAGAACAGGUUCAAAUCGACGUUCCCUUAUGAUCAUUCUCGCGUGAUUCUUGACAAACUGGACAACGAUUCACAUUCUGACUACAUCAACGCCAACUACAUUGAUAGCGUCAUAUCACCUGCGGAGUAUAUCGCAACACAAGGUCCAACGGACAUAACUGUAGAUGACCUGUGGCGUAUGAUCUGGCAACUUAAAUCUAGAAAAAUCGUUAUGCUGACCAACCUUAUUGAAGGAACAAGGAAAAAGUGUGCAAAAUACUGGCCUGAUGAGGGAGAACCGAUGUCUACUAAACAUUUCGAGAUCGUCCUAGAUAGAGAAAGGAUUUACGCAUUCUAUGUGAUCCGGGAUAUCAUUCUCACAGAAAAGAAGACCAAAUCCGUGCGGCAAAUACACCAGUUUCACUACACCACGUGGCCAGACCACGGAACUCCGGACCCUAAUGAACUUGUUGUUUUCCAUCGACGUGUGAAGCAUUACAACAACAUUUUAACAGGAAAGUUGAUUGUUCAUUGCAGUGCAGGUAUCGGACGAACAGGAACGUUCAUCGCGCUGGAUGCUUUGUUCGAAUACGGCAAAGAAAAUGGAGUUGUUGACGUCAUGGAAUUCGUUCGAACCAUGAGGAAGGACAGAGUCAAUAUGGUUCAAACCAGUGACCAGUAUAUCGCUAUCCACAACCUCCUGAUUGAGGCGUUUGACAUGCCAGACACCCUUGUACCAAGAAUGAAGUACCAUACAACACUUAAGUGUCUGUGUGAUGAUGCGCCCGUCAAUCAAACAAAACUAUGGAGAGAGUACAAGCUGAUACAAGACAUCAAGCCUACCUAUACAGAAAAUGACUAUAAAACAGCGACGAUUCCCGCUAAUAGGAAUAAGAACAGGGACCCGAAUAUCUUAGCAGUUGACAAAUUCAGAGCUUACCUGUCGUCAUCCUCCUUUGGUAGAACAGAUUAUAUCAACGCAGUGGAAAUUCCUUCCUACAAAUCUAGAACAGGCUACAUCGUCACCCAGACUCCUUUAAAGGACACCGUAGUCGAUCUGUUGACAUUGAUAAUGGACCGAGAUUGUGAUACUCUCGUGAUUAUUGAAAACGAUCAAAUGAAAUGGUUGCCAGAAGAAGGCAAUGAUAAAUCCAUUGGAUCGUUCAAACUGAGACACGGAGGAGGGUCGUCAAGUCUGACUAAUACAGAUUUGAUUGAUGUUUCUAUCUCUAAUCAAGAACAGAGAUAUGAUGCCAGAAUCAGGGUGUUCCAAAUUACUGGUUGGGAUAGACACGUGUCAGUCCCACCGGAUUCUCCAGGUCUCCUUCAGCUUUUAGAACUUCUUGACAGUAGACGACGGUCAAACGACUCGAAAAAAACCGUUGUCAUGUGCAGAGACGGUAAUUCCCAGAGCGGACUAUUUUGCUGUAUCAGCAAUGCUAGAGACCAAAUGAAGAUUGACGAGGAGGUCGACAUAUUUCAGAUUGCUAGACAAUUGCUUUUUAGACGCCCGGAAUUCAUCACCAACUAUGACCAGUACAAAUGUUGUUACCAUAUGAUAAAGGAGUACCUGGACACCACAGAUGUAUAUAUGAACUAACACAGUAAGACAAGUACCGGUGUUGUUAUAACAUAAUAAAGAAUAACCUAGACACUACCGAUGCAAAUCUUACCUAACAAAGUAGGACCAGUACCAGUGUUGUUACAACAUCAUAAAGGAGUACCUGGACACUACAGACGUAUAUAUGAACUAACACAGAAACACCAGAACCAGUGUUGUUAAAACAUUAUAGAGGAGUACCUGGACACUACCGAUGCAUAUCUUAGCUAACACAGAAACACCAGUACCAGUGCUGUGUAAUAAAAAACGAUUAAGGAUUACAAUGGAACCAAUGAUGUGUAAAUAAACGGACACUAAGCAAAUUCAAUCCAGUAUGUUAUAUGAUGCGAUGCAAAGCAAGUUUUUGCCUUUGGUGUUUUACGCAAAGACCUUUACCAGUUGCUCGCCUUAUCUUAUUAUCAAAUUUCUGUUAUAUUAUCAUCAAUGUAUAAUAUAUCAAAUCAUGUAUAUAUAGAGGAUAUUAGUUAUCACAUAUUGUAUUCAGAUGGCCCACGAUCGACCCAGUCCAGUCCACCACAAGUGUAAGGCUAAGCUGUCCAAAUUAACAUUGAUGCUUAUCUGUAAGUGUAACUGUAUUACUAAGGAUUCACAGACGAAAAUUAGUGAUUUUUAUUUCUGUAGUUAUUUAAACAUAAAACUGUCAUAAUGGAUUUUUC